AAUAAAAUCAAUUAUUACAAUAAGGAAAGACACUGAUUAUGCAAUAUACAGGCCUCGUGCAGAUUUGCAACCCAGUAUUUUGUUCAUUUCGAGCUGACAGCAUUGUCGUUGGGUGCUAUAUGACAGCCAUUCAUUAAUUUGACGUACACACCCCACAUAAAGAAAGACUGACUGAACACACCCUGAAUUCCAAGUCACACGAGACAACCGUGAAUAGGAGUGAGAAAAGCACGUUACCUCCGCGGUGUGAAAUGUGUUUGCUGCAGAAAGCCGCUUUCUUUCUCCGGUGAAGCAGAGACGGACACUUCAGCAAUAACGCGGAGGUGUUAUCAAAGAAGGAGGAACCCGAUUAUUGUAUAAAUGUCGACAGCACUUGCAACAGCUCUUCAAGAAUGGGAUAUUCGGGAGAAAGAACUGCAGCAGAUUCAGGAGACUCAUCGCCUUUACAUACAGAAGUUAGAUGAAGUCUCUAAACUUCAAAAGAACUUUGCUGCCUCCAUCGCUCGACAGAGGAAAAAUAUAAAGGACUUAUCCAAGACAUUGAAGAAAGUCAGUAAAGGUCUGACAGAAGAGGAGAAGAAUGCUGUGGAGAAGGUCAAAAGUCAAAUUCAGGAUAUGCCGACCAUUUUAAAUCAAAUGGAAGCAUUUCUUCCAAAGGAAAAUGGGCUCUAUCUUAGCCUUGUCCUUGGAAACGUGAAUGUCAACCUCCUGAGCAAAGAAUCCAAAGCUGAGUACAAAGAUGAGUAUGAAAAGUUCAAACUAUGUGUGACCUUGAUUAUGUUCCUGUUGACCUUCUUGUGUCGCUUCUUCAUUAACUACAGAGUUGUGGAUGCGCUUUUGAACUUCGUGUUGGUGUGGUACUAUUGCACCCUAACAAUUCGUGAGAGCAUACUCAUCAGCAAUGGCUCCAGGAUUAAGGGCUGGUGGGUUUUCCAUCACUAUAUUUCCACCUUUCUGUCUGGGGUUAUGUUGACCUGGCCUGAUGGUGAAAUGUAUCAGUCAUACAGGAACCAGUUCCUGGCCUAUUCUUUGUAUCAGAGCUUUGUGCAGCUUCUUCAGUACUACUAUCAAAGUGGAUGUCUCUACAGACUUAAAGCACUAGGAGAAAGACACAAUUUAGAUCUAACUGUCGAGGGAUUUCAGUCAUGGAUGUGGCGUGGAUUGACCUUUCUCCUUCCGUUUCUCUUCCUGGGUCAAUUUUGGCAGUUUUGGAAUAGUAUAACUCUCUUUAGAAUGGCUCAGCUCCCGGAGUGUAAGGAGUGGCAGGUGUCCAUGUGUGGGUUUUGCUUUCUGGUUCUGUUUACUGGAAACUUUUUAACCACUCUUGCAGUUGUUCGUCACAAGCUCAAGAAUGAUGAGAAGAUCAAGAGGCUGUGAUUUUUUUUCACUAUUUUUUAAGCAAAGAAUGUAGAUUCAGCCUAAAAUGCAUCUUACGGUACAUCAUAAACUGGCUUUCAUAGUUCCAUUAUUUCAUAUACCAACAUGUGUUUUUAUUUUAGUUCAGUUUAGUUCAUUAAGUUGUAAUUGUAUUGUGCUAUAAGUCAUAUUUCUAAAUAUUAUUGAAUAAAAGUUGUAAUUGCAUUUUUAAAAAGUAAUAAGAUAAAAUUAUUAUUUUAUACAAUAAUGUUAUUUACAUAGAUUUAACAAAAUACAAAUUAUAAAAACAAUGUAUGAACCCUUUUCAUAAAUUCAUUAUA